AUGGACGCGAAUAGCCAGUUCCGAAAAAUUAUCCAGGAAAUGCGGGCGGAGAUCAGCAAGCUGAAGAAAGAGAAUCAAUUCCUCCGGAUGACGCUGACUUCAAGCAGUCUGAGAACCUCAGGCGGCCCAUGCAGAGAAUCGGGAGAUCAAAGGGAAGAGGAAGUCACAGACCCCGGCGACCUCGGGAAAACAUCUGAAAAAUCUCCAGCAACCCUCUACAGUGGUGUUUCCACCGAUGCGGCACCAGCUGGGCACGAACAUCAAGGCAACGUCAUGAUUGUGAGACGCUAUUCCAUUUCUUCACCAGUUCAUUCAUUUGCUGCACGUGACCUCUGGAAAGCUGGGGAAAGACACCCAAAGAGUGGAAUUCUAGACGCUCGGGGAAGAGUUAAGCCCCUGGCGUGUUCUUCAAUAAAGAAGGAGGACAAGGAAGAAGGGAUGUUGGCAGCUGAUUCUUUGACCAACAGUAGUUCCAACGGAAGAGCUUUUCCUGAGCAUGGUUUUGGUAACGUAACCAGAGACAAGAUGAAGACAGUCAGUUUCCUGUUACCUGUGGAUGUGUCUUCAUAUUCCAAAAAUUCAAGUUCUUUGAAAUGCUCACAAAACCAGACCACCAACCAACUAAGUACCAUCGCAGAAUAG